GUUAGGAAAGACGACAUGUCAAUGAACAAGGGCGUGUAUCUGUAUGCUUUUCGCAUGGCAGAUAAGAUAUCCCUUUAUCUUCCUCAAGUUUGACCUUUUGAUCAUACAUUCUGAGAGUGCUGGUCACACAAGCCACACAAGCUAACAUUCAACAUGGCAGAUUGGCGACAGAUUGCAAAAGAAAAGGCUCAAUCAGUUCUUGACCUGAUCCCGGCAGAAUGGAGGUUGGCAAGCAUUCCCUCGCCCGAAGAGCAACGGGACGUGACUGGGGCGUACAUUCACCAGUUCCUCAGCGAGCGAGAGAUUCAGAUCACAGAGAGCGAUGCUCUGCAGAUUGUGAACAAUGCAGCAAGCGGCAAAUGGACUGCCGUCGAGAUUACCAAGGCUUUUUGUCACCGAGCUGCAAUAGCUCAUCAGUUACUGAACUGUCUGCAUGAGAUAUUCUUCGAUGCAGCUAUUACCCAGGCCGAGGCUCUCGAUCAGUACUAUGCUCAGCACAAGAAGGGCGUUGGCAUGCUGCAUGGCUUGCCUAUAUCCUUGAAGGACCAAUUUCAUGUCAAGGGAGUCGAGACGCAUAUGGGAUAUGUCGGUUGGAUUGGCUCGUUCCAAGGAGAAAAGGGUACCGGCAAGGAGAGAAAUUUCGAAUCUGAAAUGGUUCGAGAGUUCAGAUCGCUUGGAGCUGUGUUGUACGUCAAGACGAGUGUCCCUCACUCUUUAAUGACGGGUGAGACAGUGAACAAUAUUAUAGGUUAUACUCUGAAUUCCCGGAACAGACUACUUAGCUCAGGCGGGUCAUCUGGGGGUGAAGGUGCCCUGAUCGGUGCUCGAGGAAGUGUAGUGGGUUUCGGAACAGACAUUGGCGGAUCGAUUCGAAUCCCAUCAGCGUUCAACGGCCUCUUUGGUCUCCGUCCGAGUUCCGGUCGAUUGCCAUAUCAAGGCAUGGCAAAUAGUAUGGAUGGCCAGAACAGCAUUCUCAGUGUCGUGGGUCCACUUGCCACAACUGCAGAUGGAUUGAAGCUCGUCACUCAAGCGGUGCUGAGUACCAAACCAUGGCUGACCGAUCCCCUCACGCACGAGAUCCCAUGGCGAGACGACGCUGAGCUCGCAGUCUCUGAUCCAGUGCGUCGCCUGAGUACAAAGCUCUCCUUCGCAGUUCUGCGCCACGAUGGAGCAUGCAGCCCAACUCCACCAGUGGCGAGGGCAAUCGACACGGCAGUAAAAGCAAUGGAGAAACUCGGCCAUCAAGUCAUCGAAUGGAAACCUACUCCCGAACACUCCAAGCUGGCUGAUAUCUGCGUCAAGUGCUACAAUCUUGACGGAGGCGCAGAUGUCUUCAAAGACAUCGAUCUAUCGGGAGAAGACAUGGCCGAGCAGGUUCUCGUGGCUCGUGGUACACAAGCUAAUGCAUCAGAAGUCAUGGCAACGAAUAUCACUAAACGCAACGCACAGAAGGAGUACAUGGAUUACUGGAAUAGCACAGCCGCGCUGACGAAUACUGGACGACCUGUUGAUGCAGUCAUUUGCCCCGUUGCGCCUUUCCCUGCCGCACGACCGAAAGCAUUCACAUACUACAACUAUACUCUCUGGGUGAAUUUACUAGAUUACACAAGCGUCGUGGUUCCGAUUACGAAUGUGGACAAGAACAUUGACAAAAAGUUCGAGAACUUUCAGGCUGUCAAUGAAACUGAUCAGAAGACGCAGGAUAUCUACGACCCAGAAAUAUAUGAUGGCGCUCAUGUUUCGAUACAGCUCGUAGGUAGAAGAUUGCAAGAAGAGAAGAUGAUGGCUUUGGCGAAAUACAUGGGCGAGGCAGUUCAUGGCAAAGCUUAGGUUGCAG